AUGCGCCCCAACGAGAUCAAAACCUAUGGCACCAGCAAAGCCAUCGAAGGGGUCUUUAUUCCCGACCAGACGUGUCUGAUUGUUGAGGAUUUGGUGACCAGUGGGACGUCUGUGAUUGAGACGGCGGCGCCCUUGAGGGCUGCUGGGUUGAAAGUUACCGAUGUGGUGGUGUUGAUUGAUCGGGAACAUGUUUGUAUGGAGGUGGUGGUGCAAGAUGGUGGCGGCAGGUGGUGCUGGUGCUGGUGCUGGUGCGAGAGGGUGGUGGCAGGUGGUGGUGGGGGUGGUGGUGCGAGAGGGCUGUGGCAGGUGGUGGUCCAUCUGAGAAUUCUCUGGUCUGCAAUGAAUCUUCAUCCCUCUUCAUCCAUACCCAAAAAAAUCGCCGGAGAUAAUCCAGACCAAAAUCCCUACGGAUAUUUCCGUCCAGAGCAAAAUUCGCCGGAGAUAUUCAACAAAAACAUCGGAAUUUCAGCUAAAAAGGCUUGCCAAACCCCGGUUGUCGAGAAACGCGUAAGCAGGCAACUAAUAUUGACAGCGGAUGCUAACACGGGCGGUCCAGCAACACGAACAAGAGGAGGUCAGCAAGCGCAGUGUGCUAAGAAGGUGCAAAAAAGGAAGCUAAUAAUUUCACCGGACAGUGAUUUAGACACCCCCAGGCAAAACAUGGAGAAAUUAAAAAAAUGUAUGUUUUUUUUAUGUAUGUAAGUUUUUUUGUUACAUCUUAUUGACAUCUAAUAUUUAUGUACAUGAACUUUGUAAAACAUUCUAAGUUGACGGCAAUGCGGGCGGUCCAGCAACACGUACCA